UCCUCUUCUCAGUGUGUCUUUAUUUGCUAUCUCUUUUUUGAUUGAUGUAAGUUAAGAGUAAAGACUCAAUGACAGUACAGAUAGAGUGAGUCACUUUACACUGAUAAGAAGUAGUUGCGUGUGCUAACAGAAAAUUUCAAAUUUACUUUCAAAUAGAUGAAAAAAUAAAAAAUGUUUUAAAAAUAUAGUCAAUCUGUGUAAAACGGAAAACGUAACUUUUUAUUGAAAACAGUGCUUUCGCGUAUUUUUCACGACGUAAUUGUGAGAUGAAUAGUGUCAGGAUUAACGGGGAAAAUCGAGAAAGAAAUGGACACGUGCUUGUAUGGGAGCAGUCUGGCCUGGAAGAAACAGACAGGCAGGCGCCAAAGCAAAGAGCAAUGGUGGGGACACGUCACGUAGUAACAUUCAUGCUUUUUCUAGGCAUGGCAAAUGCCUACAUAAUGCGCACAAAUAUGUCAGUAGCUAUAGUAGCAAUGGUGAAUCACACAGCUAUUACAGAAAGUAAUAUUGAAUAUACGAACGAAUGUGGAGUUGGGAAAAAUACUAGUUCAAACGAAAAUAAAAAUAGUGAUGGAGAAUAUAUAUGGGAUACGAAGAUGCAAGGUUACCUGCUCAGUUCAUUUUUUUACGGAUACGUUAUAACACAAAUACCUUUCGGGAUCCUUGCUAAACGCUAUGGAUCUAAAUAUUUUCUUGGUAUAGGAAUGCUUAUCAACUCUGUUUUUGGAUUACUGGUCCCAACUUCUGCAAAUUGGGGCUUUUAUUGGUUAAUGAUUGUACGAUUUAUUCAAGGAUUGGGAGAGGGUCCGAUCGUGCCAUGUACGCACGCUAUGUUGGCCAAGUGGAUUCCACCUAACGAGAGAAGUCGCAUGGGAGCUUUCGUCUAUGCUGGAGCACAAUUUGGUACUGUGAUAUCUAUGCCCUUAAGUGGGCUACUUUCUGAAUAUGGAUUUGACGGCGGGUGGCCUUCAAUAUUCUACGUUUUUGGGGCGGUUGGAACAAUAUGGUGCAUAGCAUUUUUAAUUAUGGUUCACGAAGAUCCUGAAAAGCAUCCAACUAUUGCUGACGAUGAAAAGAAAUAUAUCAUGAGCGCUCUUUGGGGUUCAGCAGGUGCAUCAUCACCACCUGUCCCAUGGAAAUCUAUAGUUACAUCUUUACCCUUUUGGGCCAUUUUAAUAGCACACAUGGGUCAAAACUAUGGUUACGAAACUCUAAUGACAGAAUUACCAACAUUUAUGAAACAAAUUCUCCACUUCAAUAUUAAAUCGAACGGAACAGUGUCUUCCCUGCCAUAUUUAGCCAUGUGGAUAUUUUCAAUGAUAAUAUCUCAUGUUGCUGAUUGGUUAAUAUCCAGUAAUAAACUUAAUCACACUAAAACACGCAAAAUUGUUAAUGCAAUCGGGCAGUAUGGACCAGCAUUUGCUUUAAUCGCAGCUUCAUAUACUGGGUGUGAUCGUUGGCUUACAGUGGCUAUCUUAACCGUUGGAGUCGGAUUGAAUGGUGGCAUAUAUUCUGGAUUUAAAGUAAACCAUUUAGAUAUUUCACCAAGAUUCGCUGGAGUUUUAAUGUCAUUUACAAACUGUCUAGCAAAUCUUGCUGGACUACUAGCGCCUAUUACAGCAGGAUACAUUAUUGUUGGUCAGCCAACUCAAGCAAAGUGGAGAAUUGUAUUUAUGUUAUCUGCAGCAAUUUAUAUCGUUUGUGCAACUUUUUAUCUAAUAUUUGGUUCUGGUGAACGCCAGGCAUGGGACAAUCCAGAUAAAGAUACUAAUGAAAAUAAAAGUAAUUUAGAAGCAGUAAAAACAACAAAUGAGACUCAACAGUGACAAAUGUAGCAUACCUAUAAUUCUUGCCAUUAUUUUAUUAAAUAUUUUAUUAUUUUGUUAGAAGCCGAUUUUAUAAAUUUGUCAAUUGAAGAUAAAAAUAUCAGUUUAGCUUAUCAGAAUUUAUAAUUCGAAACUUAAAAUCAACUUGACAGAUGUGUAAAAUUGGCUAUAACAAGUCACAAAAACAUCUUUCAUGUUAGGGUAUUGCAUUUGUUGAAUAGUUCAGUGCACGUAUACAAUAUAAAUGUUUGUAGUAUUCUAAAAAAUUUGAAUAUUUAUGAUCCUUGCGUUUUAGUGUUGAAAGAGGAGAUAUACAUUUAUAAGAAAGGAAUAGACAAUGAAUGCUCAAUAAUUUUAGAAUACUAAUUGGUCAAUUCCAAUGUAGGUUUUUAUUUUGCCAAAGCUUUAAUUCUUACGAAAUUUAUUUUUUCUAAAGCAUAAGAAAGUUGUUGAAAAUUUCCGUUUGGAUGCAACUAGUUUUCUAAAUAAAAAUGCAGAGAUUUAUUUAAUUUAUUUAAAUGUUUUAAAGUUACAAUUAUCUCAUGUUUUUAAAAAAAUAAAUUUUAGGAAAAUAAAACUUCAUGUUAAGAUUCUAUUACUUUUUAGCCAACCAUAUUUACUGAUUAAAUCAAAAUGAAACAAAUUCUGCCUGCAUUUGGUACUAUUGAACAAAAGUAGAACCAAAAAAGUGUUUAUGCAUCUUUUGGUGAGAAACAACAGUAAUUUUUAUUAACACAACAUUCCUAGAAUGAUUGAUUUGAUUUUUUUUAAUGAUAAUUUAAUUAUUAUUUUUCAAAAAAGAAAAAUUUAUGAUUUAUUAUUGAUUUCAUCCAAGACAGAGAUCAAAGUUCAUUUUCAAAUUUAUUUGAUACCGAUUCACUGGUUAAUAAAAAUAUUGUUUUGUAGUAUAUCAAACUCUACACUGAAAAAACGAUAUUCUAGAUUUAAGAAUGCCUACUUAAAUAGGAGCCAAGAAUAUUCUCUACUUAAAGUAAGUGAAAAAUAUUCUUACAAUAAAUAAUAUAUUCUUGGCUUCUAUUUAAGUAAAGGCAUUCUUAAAUCUAGAAUAUUCUUUUUCAGUGUACAAAAAAUUUUCUAGAUCUGACAUGAUUUAAAAAAAUUAAACCAAAAAAAUAAAGUUGUAUUGCAAAUGUCAAUUUUUUAAAUGUUAAAUCCUGUUGUAGAUAAAAGUCAAUUAUACAGCACAGAACUAAUGAAAAACUGUUUUUAUUAAUUUUAUUACAUUUUUUUGAAAUAUUAUUAUUAGAAUAUUAAUUUAUAGGUACUUUAAAAAAAGUUUAAAAUGUAAGUAUGUAUAUAUUUAUAAAUUUUUGUUAAAAAUUUUUCAUAUUUUUUAUAAUAGAAAGGUAAUAUAUUAUUUUUUGAAGUGAAAAUAUUCAGAAUUCGUAAAUGUGAAUAUUAAAAAUAUUCCACAAAAGUGUUAACAGAAAUACAUGUUGUUUUCAGCAAAGGGUGAGUAAACGUAUAAAAUGAAUCAUCUUCAUUCCCUACUAUAUGGUCCAUCACAGAAUAACUUCGCGAACGGCUUUCGCAAAGUUAUUGUGUGUUAACCUUAUCUAUUAAAGGUUUUAAAGUACUAUCGAUGGCAAUAAUUUGUGACGUGAAAGAUUAUUACAAUUUAAGAAUAAAUUUCGAGCGUAACAAAAAUAGAAUCAUCGUUAUUCUUUUAUGUAAAAGUCACUGUGAAAUCGAAAACGUAACUAUUAUCAUUUUCAAUGUCACAAUUACUUUUUAACAUAUUAAUGUUAAUAUUACCAGAAAUGAUUUUGUUGUUUCUAAAUCUGAAAAGUAUUGCUACAAGUUUUGAUAGAAGUCUACUUUAUGCUACCAACUAUUUCUAAAUUAAUUUUGUGUCCUAAACAAACAGCACCGCUACAAUUGGUAUUAAUAAUAAGCCAUAUAUGUUUGUAAACACAAAAAAUAUCUUCUUGAAAUUCGGAUAAUCAAUAAAUUUACUUUUAUUUACAGUAUACCUUAAGGGCAGGUCAAAGUCGAUGCGAUUUUCCCAUUGAAGAUCUAUGUAAAAAUUGCUUCGACUUUGACCUGCCCUUAAGAAAUUAUGCAAUCUCCCCUGUUUUGAUGAAUGUAAAACAACUUUAAUUUUAAGAAAUGUAAUAACUAAUAUAAUUUUUAUAAUUUCUUUACAUUGUCAGAAAUAAUUAACGUUUCUUUAGUAUACUUGAUUUCAUUUAAAUAAUAUUUCUGUUUUAUAAUUAAAAUUACUUGAAAAUAACUUAUGAUUCAUUUUUUACUUCACAAUUUUUGAGUGUAGCAUAUUUUGAUAGACAACUUUAAAAAUCACUUCUACAACAGAAAAUUAUAUGUAAAAAUACAUAAUUAAAAUUUUUUCUCUUUAUAUUUUGACAUCAUUUCUUGACUUUUUUAUUUAACUUUCACGGCAGACAAAUUUUAUGGAUUUUUAUAUAAAUUUUAAUAAGUAAUUAAAAGUUCAUUGAAAAGAAGAGGUAGCAAAUUUCCUGUGACAGGGUAUCUUUAUUAAAUUUGUUAGACACAUGAUAUAUUUCUCCAAAUUAUUACUCAAAUAAUGGUCGACUACUAAAAAAUUAUUAUUUAUGAAUAAUAACUCAAGUAAAGAAUAGAUUCCUAAUUUCUUUUGUUAUCGAUUCCCCGAAUUUCAGUAGCUCAAUAUUUUGUAAUUACGGUAAAUAUUAUUUAAGGAAAGAUAAGAUACGUCGAUUGCAGUGGCACUACUUCUUUUGGACACGAUAUUAAGUUUAUUUUUUUGUUUUUUAUAUAAGUAUAAUUUUAUUUGUUAUUUAAGAAUGUUAAUUUAAAAGUAUGUGAUGAAGCUUAAAAAGCCUUGUGAGAGUAUUGUGCCUUUUAGGAUGUAUAAUAAAAAUAGGUACACAAAUGUAGUCCGUAAUUUAAAUUUAUAAAUAAAUAUACAUUAUAUUUAAAAAUCACUAAAAAUUUAGUAAAUAAAUUAUUUGGAACAAAUAA